CCGCUGCAAAGGCCUUCACUUCUCAUUUCGCUGCCUUCGUCUCAAGUGGCCCCACCUCAAGCAACACAUCAUCAUUCCCUCACCAAGAUGCCGUCUCGAUCCUCCUUCCUCGCUAGCCCUACGCUGACUGCGGCAUCGUCUCCAUUGGCUGUCGAUGAGCUUGACGGUCCGUCGCGCCGCUUGCUCAAAGCUCGCCACCACGAUAUGGAUAAGAUGGAGAUCCAGACCAACACACUGACUGCCGUGCUGCACUACGAGACCAUCAAGUUCACCAUCUACAAGCUGCAGAUCCGCAGCACAGCGCGCUUCGCCGAUGGUGGCGAGUGGACACUCAUUAAGCGCUACUCGGAGUUCUUCUACUUCCGCCAGACGCUUCUCAAGCUACUCGAGAAGUGGGAUCUGCAUUUCCGCAACGACACUGAGCGGUUGCAGUGCAAGGAAUUCACCCUGGCCACGGCAUUGCUGCUACCAUCGCUCGAAAUCCCUACGUUCCCACGUAAGCACAUGCGCUGCGAUACUGUCGCUAUCAUCAAAGAGCGACGCGCGAAGCUGCAACAGUUCGUGCGUAAGAUGCUGGACGCGUACACAGACAUCUCGGUAUUUCUACACGACACACAGUCGCGCAAUACUCGCGCCUUCUCCAACCUCAGCGAUAUUCUGCAGGUGUUGGAGGAGUUUAUGGUCAUCCCUCCGCAGCAGAAAGAGAUCAACCGUCGCCAAACCGCUGCGGUAUUAGCUCUGGAAGACGUCGAGAAUGCUACGUCGGAUUGCAAGGACCGUACGUGCUGUAUUUGUCUAAACGACUAUGACUCGGACGUGGAAGAGGAGGAAAUUAUUGAAGACACGAUGGUGAAGCUCCCGUGCUCUCACCAAUUCCACGAAGACUGCGUUAUCGACUGGUUCAACACCAGCACCACCUGUCCGCUGUGCCGAAAACCUGCCUUCACAGAAGAGCACUGGUCAUUCGACGUUUCAAUCAAUUAAGUAUAAUACAGCUACCGCAAAUGUUACGUUUCAUU